GAUAGGAAAACGUAGGCUACGUAACAGCCCUCCGAUCUUUUCAUGGGCACGCUAGCUUUAAGAGCGUCAAAGGAGCUUACAACUUCCCAAAAACUACCAGUGAAAUUUGUUAAACCCUCACUUCCGUUUAUUUCCCGAAGUUGUCAGCUGGAGGGACGGGAUUUGAGCAUCAAGACUACAUAAAAGAACUUGUAGCUCAGUUGGACCACAUUCUCGUCCGAAAGGGGGAGAUGGAGUGAGAACGCGAAGUCUUUUGUAUUCCCCUCCCCCUCCACCACAGUAAAGGGGAAAUGUCUCUGCCGAAGCGAGUGAAAAAGAAGGUUAAUCUCAAGAUCAAUGAUGAGGUCUUCCAGCAACCAGCUCCAGCACCAACGCCCCCAGAGAUCUUGACUCCAAGGCCAAAGUGACCAUUGGUGAGAAGAAUGUGGUGGUGAAUGCCGAUGAACUGGAGCAGAUAGCGGAGCUGGGCCGAGGAGCCUACGGAGUGGUUGACCAGAUGAGGCAUGUCCCCACCGGCCUCAUCAUGGCUGUAAAGCGAAUUCGAGCCACAGUGAAUUCGCAGGAGCAGAAGCGGCUGCUGAUGGACCUGGACAUCUGCAUGAGAACGGUGGACUGUUUGUACACGGUUACCUUUUACGGAGCCCUCUUCAGAGAGGGUGAUGUCUGGAUCUGCAUGGAAUUAAUGGACAUGUCUUUGGACAAAUUCUACACCAAGGUUAUAGAGAAGGGGGCCACCAUCCCAGAGGACAUUUUAGGAAAGAUCACUAUUUCGAUUGUCAAAGCCCUGGAUCAUCUCCAUACCAUAUCGGUGAUACACAGAGAUGUCAAGCCCUCCAACGUCCUUAUUAACACUCAAGGACAGGUGAAGAUGUGCGACUUUGGAAUCAGUGGCUAUUUGGUUGACUCUGUGGCCAAGACCAUGGAUGCUGGCUGCAAACCCUAUAUGGCGCCGGAGAGGAUCAACCCAGAGCUCAAUCAGAGGGGCUACAGUGUCAAAUCAGACAUCUGGAGUUUAGGGAUUACCUUGAUUGAGCUGGCCAUCCUGCGCUUCCCAUACGAGUCGUGGGGCACUCCGUUCCAGCAGCUCAAGCAGGUGGUGGACGAGCCGUCCCCCCAGCUCCCGGCAGACCGCUUCUCCCCCGAGUUUGUGGACUUCACCUCCAAGUGCUUAAAGAAAAAUUCACAAGAGAGGCCUGCCUACUCAGAAUUAAAGAAACAUCCCUUUUUCACUCUCCACGACUCCAAAGAGACCGAUGUGGCUAGCUUCGUUAAGGAUAUUCUGGGCGUCUGACUGAGCCACUGACUUCAGCCUCCCGGAACACCACCGCAACAACAACACCACAUCCACCACCACCACUGCUGCCAUCGCCUUCACCAUCCUCUCUGCCCUUCCUAGGCACUCGCUCGGGCAGGCAGGACUGAUCCACCACAGGCCACGGAGUUCCAGGAGCCAGCAGGAAUGAAAAAUAAAAAUAAAAUAAAUUUAAAAAAAAAAAAAAAACCUACCCUCCCAAAGUGAACACUCAAGCCAAGCACAAGACUCAGGCCCCUCACCCCUACCCCCACCCCCACUCUCCACCCUGGAAAAGAUCCCAGCUGAAACGUAGGACGUCAGAGAGAGAAAGAGAGAACGUGGGAGAGAAAGAGCGUGUCUGUGUUGCUAUGCUCACCCAGGACUUUAGGCGUCCAAGCACGUGUCCACUGCCACCCCACCCUCUCCUCUGCUGUGACCUCUAGUCUCUGUCCAUUAGGAUGGCCCUGCUGUUGCUGCUGCUGCUACUGGUGGCAAAGCUGGCUCAUUCAUGGGUGACGUGGGCAUGGACAUCAUAUGUCAUGAAACCAACAUAGAUUACUUUCAUACAUGUAUUUGUGUGAUGAAAUAUGCACUUACUUAAUAUCAUCUCCUUUUUCAAAACCGGUUGUGUGCAUAUGAGGUACAUGUCCAAGUGCAUUGCAUUACUAUAUAGAACAAAAAAAUAUAUGGAAACGUGCAGGGUUAUGGUCUUUAUGCUUUUACAAAUAUGGAAUUGUUUAGGAUUUAUAGAAUUUUAAAUGCCCCACCCCAGACAUACACACGCUGUGAAGGGCAGAGGUCUUACAGAUUUUCUUUCUUUUCAGAUAUAUAUUUUUUGUGAUUCGUAGAGGUCCUAGUGGUUGCUGGUUGGUGUUCGGUUACACUGCAGACACAAAAAUAUAAUCAGUGGGACGGACACACACACCCAAAAAUUUAAUCAGUGGGACGGACACACACACACACACUCCCCCUCCCCCAGCUUGUAGCGCUUUUGUUCCUCACAAGAGAAAAAGAAGAGAACUAGCAUCAGACAUUCAGCUCCCCUGCAGUCCUCUCUGAUUACACCAAAAAAUACACCUCUUUAUGCUGGACAGUAAGGGACUGGAAUUGUUAUUAUUAUUAUUAUAAUUAUUAUAUAGAUUAUCAUUCUCAUGUCAGUGUUAUGCAGUUAAUGUAUUUAUGACAACUGCUGUUUGGCCCAUUUCUCCUAUUUUUUUCUCCUUAUAUUUGAUUCUUCUGGGGUUUUUUGUUUUGUUUUGUUUUUUUGUCCUUCAGAGUGCAUUAAUUAAUUUGAGGCCCUUAAGAGAGGCACCUGAUGCCUUACCUGUGUGCUUGAGAUUGAUUGCUGUGUGAAAGAUGUGUAAUUACUAUUGAUGAUGAACCUUUUAAUGGAGAAAACCUUGCACUGUGGAGCGAUGCAGGCACUAAGCUGCUGUACAGCCGCUUACGGUCCUCUGUCCUAUGUAUUCGCAUAUUCACAGUGCGACACACACACACACACACACACACACACAAAAAACCCAUAACACACACUAAUGACCCCAGUGAGUCCCUUCCCUCCCUGGCACUUGUUUGCUGCAACCGUCUCUCAGGUGUUUCCAGAGCCCAGAACCACGGAGCCAAGUCCCACCUGCAAACACACACACACACACACACAUGCAUUCACACGCAACCAUGUUCUCAACUAGGAUCAUGACUGUGGCUUGAGGUGGUGGCACUCCCCAUCCCCCAAUAUCUCGUCGGUGGUUUGGUCGAUGUAGUCAUGGGUGCACAGCAGGGCCGUGUCAAGGCAUGUCCUUCAGUGGAUGGUGUCUCUCUUGUCGGUGGCUUCUAUUGCAACGAUGAUGCUUGUGAAUGAGAAGGGACGACCAAAAUGGCGUCACAAAGAAGCUGCAGUGGUCUGUUGAGGCCGCUGUGUGUCCCGUCAGGCCUUAUCGAAGAGUACAGGGCUGGUCGCAGUGAGCCUUGGAGCAGCUUUUCUACCUCAUUCUCUUUAUGAGCCGUUUCCACAAUUGAGAUUUGGAGAGGAAGAGGGGACGUACGUUGACAAACUUGAACAGUGGGAAGGUGACCUGCUUAAAAUGAACGGCUUUAUUCUGCAAUAAAGACUGGUUAGCAAUUAA